AUGGCGCAAUUGAAUAUAAAUAUAUUAUCAAAUGAGUUUGUGAGGCCAUUAUCUCCCACCAAGGAUCCGUUCAAAAAAUACCACCUAUCCGUGUUGGACUUGGAUCAAUCCAUGCCCAAUUUCUUCUUCCCCGUCAUUUUCUAUUAUGAUCACGACCAAACCACUUCCACCACACAGCUUGAACUCUCUUCCCGCCUCAGAGAAUCGCUCUCCCAAACCCUGACCAUGUUCUACCCUUUCGCAGGGAGGCUCAAUAGAGCCGACAACUCCAUAGACUGCAACGACACGGGCCUUCGAUAUUUAGAGGCAAAAGUUGAUUCCAAGAUCACGGAGGUGAUCAAGCGCAAUGAUGCCCAAAUGGUUGACCCACUCAUACCCAACUUGACGGGAAAUGGUGAAGAAGAAGAUGAGAUUUUCGCAAUCCAAGUUAACUACUUUAGCUGCGGAGGCAUCGCAAUUGGCACCUACGUCCCACAUAAGAUGGCAGAUGGGCUCUCCUUUUUCUCAUUCAUGACUACCUGGGCAGCCAUAUCUCUCCAACAUGCAUAUAACAAUACCCUGAAGCAGGGGCGGAGCGAGGAUGAAAAAUUAUCUGGAGCUGACUCUAACUUGUUUCCAGUUUAUGAUGUUGAUUUUGGCAUGGGGAAACCUGUUUGGACGAGCAUAGGGAGCUUGAACAUCAAGAACUGCGCUGUUCUGCUGGAUUCUAAAUGCGGAGAUGGAAUAGAGGCGUGGGUUACUAUGAAUCAACAAGACAUGGCUCGUUUUCAGCUUGCUUUUGAUUAUCAAUCUAAAUUAACUUGCAUGAACAAGACAUCAUGA